AUGUCGUCUCCUAAAGUCGCAAUCAUCAUUUACUCCAUGUACGGCCACAUCGCCAAGUUGGCCGAGGCUGUAAAGGCUGGUGUCGAGUCUGCCGGAGGAUCCGUCACCAUUUACCAGAUCGCUGAAACAUUACCCGAAGAAGUUCUCGUAAAGAUGCAUGCUGCCCCAAAGCCGAAUUAUCCUAUCCUCGCACCAAGCGAACUUGCUAGCUUUGACGCCUUUAUCUUCGGUGUUCCUACCCGUUAUGGCAACUUCCCCGCACAGUGGAAGGCUUUCUGGGACGCAACUGGUGGAUUGUGGGUCAGCGGUGCUUUGGCCGGCAAAUUCGCCAGUGUCUUCGUUUCUACCGGCACUCCAGGUGGAGGACAGGAAGCUACCAUCAUCAGCUCCCUCUCCACUCUCGCUCACCACGGGAUUAUCUAUGUUCCCUUGGGUUACAAAAACACAUUCGCACAACUCUCUAACAUGAGCGAAGUUCGUGGUGGUUCCCCUUGGGGUGCAGGCACCUACGCUGGGGCUGAUGGCUCACGCCAGCCUUCAGCUCUUGAACUAGAACUCGGUACCCUCCAAGGCAAGGGCUUCUGGGAAAUCGUUUCGAAGUACAAAUUCUAG